UGCGGCCUGACGGCGGCGGCUGGAAGCAGCGGGGGAGGACUGGAGGACUCGAGGACUGGACGAAGAGGAGAAGGGGGGGGGGGGGAGGUUCGCAGGAGGAAUCGCGCGCUCACUCACCGCCUCGAGGCCCGAGGACCGUGUUCGACGCCCGCCAUGAGCGCCGGCUUCACCUACUUCUCGCCGCCACCCGCUGCUGCCUGCGAGGACAUGGACUCGCCUCAGUACGUGCCGUUCGACAACACGCCUCCGCUGGUGCAACUCGAGUCCUCAGAAGGUUGCAGGAAGGUGGAAACAGAAAACUUUUUCUGCUUCAUCAAUAGAGAGAUGAAAAAACUGCAGAAGAAAGUAGAAGAGAUGCCCCCUGGAUAUUACCACGUCGAUUACAACUACAUUACCUCACUGUUCAGCAACAGCAACACGUUCAAAGAGUCUUUCCUGUUCCCUGACAGCAGUGCAACCAACAUUGCAAAACUCCACACAGCCAGUAAAUCACGAGCCAUCUCCGUAGCUAGUCCUUUCAGCAACUUUACUAAAAAAAUCCCGUCUGAAAGUUUCAGCCGCUCGUCUAUCACGAGGCAGCCCUGUAGCUUGCUGCAGUGGUCGACGAAAGCCAGCGAGACUGACGAAGCUCCGCUACCUGCCGUCAUGACUCACCACAAGCACUUCCUGAUGGACGACCUUCCCGUGGAGCAAGGCGCGGACGUCAUCGCGGACGGUGACGCAGGGUUCUGCCAGAAGCCUCUGUCGUACUCGGAGGCGCUGAAGGAGGUUGCACAUGUCACGCCCCAGCAGGACUACGACAAGUCCUCCCCACCCGUCACGCCUCUCUUACCGAGCUCUUACUACCAAAGUAAAAACAGGACUGGCUGUCGCUUCUGCUGGAGGAACAACGAGCCCCCAGCAGUGUACACCAGCCACAACCUGCACGACUCAGACACGGGCAGGAUCGUCACCUGCCCCGUGCUGCUACGACAUGUCUGCGAGAUGUGCGGAGCGACGGGAGUACAAGCCCACACCCGCUCCCACUGCCCAAUCUCGAGGCAACUGAGCGUUGGCCGAAAUACCAUCUCUACCACGCUUGCCAUCAAGUCCACGUACCGCCAGAGCAAUGGCGAGGCUCGGAAGCCCUGCCGCAACAUGUUCCCUGGUAUAUAGUGCAGUGCUGUGGCUGCAACGUGACUCUGCCAUUCCCCUUGGUAUGGGCGGAUACUCACCCAGACCACCUGCCACUCCUGCGUGGCUGCCACCAACCACUCCCACAUCCUCUUCAACUGAUGAGUUACCACCAUUCAUUCCAACAACCAUACUACCACCACAACAACCAUUAUUACUAUCAUUACAUUUAACCACUUCCUCUUCCACAAAUGCAACACAUCUUUCUACUUAGCUUUGAACCAACACACCAAUGCCAAAGACACCUUCAACCAUCACACCACUACCAUCAUCCACUUUUAUACCAUCACUUUUAUGCCUGCUACCACUACCAUUACAACCAUCAUUACCAUCAUCAAGUACACCUUCCACAAAUGCUAAACCCCUCUUCACUUAGCUUUGCACCAACACACCAAUACCAGACACACCUUAAACCAUCAAACCACUACCAUCAAACAUUUCCAUGCCCUCUUCAACAAACAGGCUACUACCACCAUUACGUUUACCUGCUUCCUCUUCCACAAAUGCAAUACCCCUCUCCACAUAGCGUUGAACCAACACACCAAUACCAGAGACACCAUCAACGAUCAUGCUGCUAUCACCAUUUCAAUUCACUCCUCUUCUAAGAAAUCUCUGUUCAUCCAUUCCACUUAUGAUAAAUGUAUCCCGUGUCAAUUUCCCCCAUACAAUGAACAUACUAGCACCCACUUUUAAAAAUACUUUCUAACCACUCUCUAUUUACUUCUGCUUCAACUAACACACUAACUUAAGCUUCAAUAAAAACUACUGCCCAUUCAAUCCCCAUGCCCAAACUGCCUGUUUCUCUGCUGCUUCUGCCUUACACGAGGUCAGCUACCAGUCUCCUACCUUUAAUUAUAUUCUUCUCCCUCCACUUUCUACCUCUGUUUGUCUCCUACCUCACUGAUCAGUGUGAUGCAGCAACAUGUUCAUCUGCCUCCUCUUUAUUUCCUCCUGUUUUGUCAGCUUCAUUUUCAAGCCUUUUAUUUUUCUCCACACACAUGUGUACUAACCAUUUCAUUCCAUCUCUUAAUAAACCUCUUGUACCCUUAACUAUCAUUUCAAGCUGUAAACAAUGUAUGAUUCACAAUUUGUCAACAGAUCUCAGUUAUGUGAUAGUGGUUAUCAGUAUUAUGGUUUGAAUUUUUGUACUUUUAUUUAUAUUACUUCAUACUGUUUAAUUUUAAUUUAUAACACUUGUAGUUUCUGGGUACAGAAUUUUACAUAUGCAUAUUCAUAUGUACAAUAUACAGUACUGUGCAUAUAUAUUUACACUUAAAAGAGCAGCCACCUUAUAAAUUUUAAACGAAACUCAGGGAAAGACAUUCUAUUGCAUUAUUUCUGUUCCGUAUCUUCCAAGAUCCAGCUCUGACGUAAUAAAGCUGACUGAGCCUUCAACUGGCUGGAAAGAUUUGACGUGGGCAGUGGCUACAUGGGAAUGCUUUAAUGGAAGUAGUUUUAUCCCAAUGUGCAACAUCUGUUACUGUCUUUUAUGGUUUAAAUGUAUGGAUUAACGUAUUGAAGUUGAACACUUUUAAAAUGAUAACAGAAUACAAGUGGCACGAGAGCAAGGCAUUACCACAAAGUUUCAGCUGCACUUCAUACCUGCCCUUACCACUGUGAGUUUCAGUCAUGGGCACGCUCAGCGGCCAAACCGCUGCAGCAGUGUUAGGAGUCUCAUGUCCGCGGCAGUUGUAGCUUUGUCUCCGCUGCCUGGCAGCAAGCCGUCAGAGUGACAACCAUGACGGCUACACAAUGUGUGAAUGUUAAAACUACUGAUGGAAGCACAUGCAGUGUUAGUGGGAGUGAGGGAGUCUGCAGUAUGUGAGGAUUUAUGAAGUUCAUGCCAAAUUUUUUGUAUUGUAACCUGGUAGGGAAUUUCGUUUCUCUAAAAUGUUUAAUAUUAAAAAUGUACCUAUACAGCACUACAAACAAAAAAUCAAAUAGCUCACGUGCAAAAAUAAAUGAAUGCCAUGAGCCAAGAGAUAACGUGUUAUUCAGCAGAACACUCCAUGUUGCUAAGUGGUGUGGAAUGCUGCGGAAGCUCUACCUGCAGAAUGCACUUAACUACUUUGCACUGCAGUGGAUCAUUUAGUGUUUUCUGAAGGUCCUUUAUUAUAUAGUCUUUGAUUAUUGAAAAGUCAUACUCAAUAACAUCUUUUAUUUAGUAGUAUGUAUUGAAUCCACAAAAUUUAUCAUGUGGUAGAUGAUUACAUGUCUUUUUGUGAUUGUGUGUAUUCAUUUAGAAUCAUUUUGUUCUUUUGGUAGAAAUUUAUGGUUAUUGUUUGAGAAAAGAGGAAAACUCUCAGAAAUUUCCAAGGUACCGGUAUUUGGAAAAAAAAGUAGACAUUUCUCUGAAUUCAAUAACAGAAACUUUUUUACUCACCAGUAUAUGAACUAUUGCCCUGCAGUUUUUCUGGAAGUAAAAUUUAAUGGUUCCAGUUUUGAUUUAGUACUGCAAAAUAACUAUUACCUAUGUAUUUUAUGUAUAUUUUGGUAAUAUAAAAUAUCAAAACUUAGCAGGUAAAAUAAACAUAUUCAAACAAAAAACUUAGCUGCCAUAUUUGGUAAGUAAUUUUAACAUUUGAGCAGUUUAUGUUGAAACUUGAAAUAAAUGUGUGUAUUUUAUAGAUUAAUUUUAAGAUGACAUUUUUCUAUGUAUUUUCAAUGUAAAUAAUUACAUUGUGCAUGUGUGAACAAUGUGAGGUCUCUUCAACAACGUGACAUUUUCAACAAAUACAAAAGUCAUAAACACACUGAAUUGAUUUCUUACAUUUUGCAGAAUAACCUAUAUUUUUUAAAGUAUAAUAUCUAUGUGUAUUUUGGCUGAAGUGUUACUUUAUUGAAGAAAGACUGAAGCCAGUUGUAAUGUGCUAACUAUCACUUAAUCUAUCAUUGUUGUUAGAACCUCACUGGUACUGUUAUUGUAGUGGUUUUUUUCUACAUAUUAAUUGUGAUUAUAGCAAAUCAAAGAAUCAUGAAAGUGCCUUAAUUUUAUAUGUUUUUAAUAAUAUUUUUAUAAGAGUGUUUGAAGGUACCUAGAAUAAAAAAAAAGUAGUGGUUAGCAACUUUUAUUGUUUUGUGUCACAAUGUGGUCAAGUUUUUAAAUAUACAAAUAUAGUGAAGUCUAGUUUUUACUGUUUUUGUGGGUUUGAAAUUACUUUUUAAUUUGGAAAAGCUAGAUGCAAAAAUAUUAUCUUGAAAAUUUUUAAUGUACAAAACAUUAACAUUGUAUAUUUUCCUUCCCACAACUAGAAAUUUAAUUCAUCAAUUUUUAUAUUUUCUAACACAGAAAAAAUGACUUGACUUAAUUUUUCUACUCAUGUCAUUCAAGAGUUAUAUAGUUGUAUAAAAGAAAACAUUUUUUAAAAGUUUUUUUUUGUGAUUGUUUUAAUGAGAUAGGCCACCAAUAACAUAAGUUCAAAAAAAGUGUUUAAAAAUGUCGAUAAACUACUUAAGGAAAAGAUAGUUCAAUAAUUGUAUGUUCUGUGUGGUGAAAUUUUUGAUAACUGUGCAUUUUAUUAACAAGUACGGUAUUGAUAAAAAUGAAUAAAGUUGUGUUUCCUUUAUACAUAUGUAGGUACUUUAUGUUAAGAAACCUCAUUAAUAUUCAAUAAAUAUGGUAACUACUACACUGACUCAGUUUUGAGUAAGAAAAUAAGUUAAUUAAUUGUUAUGACUUGAGUUAAUGAUUUUGAUCAACAUUGUUUUACAUGUAUCUGUUUCAUUAAAAUUUAAUUUUUAGGAUAAAAUAAAGCUUGCUGUGAAAAUGUAAAUUUAUUUAUCACAUCACAUCACUACAUUAGUACAUGUUAUUGACUACGAUGAAAUCUACUUUUCACUGUUAAAGUACACCUCAAGUGCACACGAUCUGUCUCCUGUGUCGAGGGCAAUUUUAGUGCUGCAUUGAACAAUGAAGAUUCUCUGUGCCGCUGACAGUCAGCCAAGCAUUCCUAUCGUUGGAACACUUAUGUCACAUGUGCUAUAAUCACCUGUAUUCUACCCAUACAACUCUACCUCAUGGCAUUGGGGCAUGAAUACAAGUAUAAUUCUACCAAAUAAUCAGCAUUAAUAAAUGCUCAAGUGGUUAUAUGCUCACACCAAUCUUCGCCUCUCUUGUCUCAUCAAGUGACAUAAAACCACUCUUUUACCUGGCACCUGUAUUUUGCCUAUGCUUCCCAUCUGUGCUGUGCGCUGGAUAACUUGGAAUUUUGACAAAAUGAUCUCAUCAGUUGUCAGAUGCACGGGCAAUCUGAGAACUUUUCACCUGUCAUUGGCCGAGCCAUCUGUUUUUCAGUGUCCUCUAUUGGUGCCUGAUGACGGGAACAGAUUUCCGUUCCUGAAACGUCACAAGUGUUUUCUUUGUCUUGGGAUGCCUGAGUUUGUCUGUGCUGUCGUCAUGUUGUCUGAAUACGAUUUAAUUUCAUCGCUGGGUUCACAUUUUUGUUUCUGUAUUGUCCAGGUUAUCUGUUUAGUAUCAUCGAUGGGUUCCUCUGUCGAUCGCUGUGUGGUUCAAAGUUGUUUUUGUAUGUAUUAAAAAGUUUUUGCUGCAAAUGUCUUGUCGUCAGUUCACUGUUCGUCAGUGCUGUCUUAACAUUUAACAUUUGACAUUGAUUUUGGCUUGUUUUCUAUGUAUUUAUGCUUCUUUCUUGUCUGUUCUUUGGGUUAUCUCUACGACAUACAGUGCAUACUAGCAAUGACAUAUGUCCAAAAUAAUGAUUUAAAUCAAUCUUCUCCAUUGCAAGCAUCAUUCAAAGAACUUAAAUGAUUCUGUUGUUGAACAAGUACGACAAAGAUGAGUACGAAUCGGUCUUAGUUUUCACCUAACAGCAUUUUUAAGAAUAAUUAAAUAAUAAAAGUUACAAGUUGCCUUGUUCAAUAUCAGGUAUUUUAUUUGGUCUUAAACGUAUCUGCGACAAUGAGGUCUUUACAGAACACAGACCAAGCAUGAUGCCACAGAAUGAGGAUAAUGAGAAAAAACA